AGUUCAGUCUAAUAAGCCUUGCACGCAGUAGAUUUCUUCCUCUCCAGUUCAUCACCUCCCCGGGAAGAAAAAAAAGAAAAAGAGAGAGAAAAAAGCGCGGGAGAUUAAUUGCGUUACAUAUCUCGAUUCUUUUCAGCUCUCGUGUUUCAGACACGAUCGAAAUUGGCCAGCACCGACAAAUCGCUCUCGUUGCGAUUGUUGCGAGAUUUGACUCGAGCGAGCUGUAUUUAAUUAGCUCCUCGUCUUGUUCUGCUAAGCUACUACUAGUACCUAGCUUAAUUAGCUCGUAGCCACCAUUGGCGAAAUCGCGAGAGCUAUAGACUUUUUGUCUCUGACGGCGAUGAUGGGCUCGCCGCCGGCGCCGCCGGCGCGUCGUCUUGGCGCUCUCGCCGUCUUCUUGCUCGCUCUCUUCCUCGCCGCGCCGUGGGGCGUCGACUGCGGGUACAACGUCGCGUCGGUGGCCGGGUCGAAGAACCGGCUGAGGGCGCGGCUGGAGCUCGCCGGCGGCGGCGGCGGCGCGGCGCCGGAGCUCGGCCCCGACGUGCGGCGGCUCAGCCUGACAGCGAGAUUCCGGUUCCUCCGACGCUCCGGUGUACUUCGAAAUAGUCGCCGAGGUUCCUCCAGCAGCAGAGCAAGCCUGGAGACGGACAGCCGGCUACACGUCCGCAUCACCGACGCCGACCACCCUCGAUGGGAGGUGCCCCAGGACGUCAUCCCGCGCCCCUCGCCGGACUCCUUCCUCGCCGCCACACGCCCAGGCGGCGGCCGCGUCCUCUCCACGGCGACCUCCGACCUCACCUUCGCCAUCCACACCUCCCCGUUCCGCUUCACCGUCACCCGCCGCUCCACCGGUGACGUCCUCUUCGACACCACCCCAAACCUCGUCUUCAAGGAUCGCUACCUCGAGCUCACCUCCUCGCUGCCGCCGCCCGGCCGCGCGUCGCUGUACGGCCUCGGCGAGCAGACCAAGCGCACGUUCCGGCUCCAGCGGAAUGACACCUUCACGCUCUGGAACUCCGACAUCGCCGCCGGCAACGUCGACCUCAACCUGUACGGCUCCCACCCCUUCUACAUGGACGUGCGCUCCGGCGGCGGCGGCGGCGGCGGCGCGGCGCACGGCGUGCUCCUCCUUAACAGCAACGGCAUGGACGUCAUCUAUGGCGGAUCCUACGUCACCUACAAGGUGAUCGGCGGCGUGCUGGAUUUCUACUUCUUCGCCGGCCCGUCCCCUCUCGCCGUCGUCGACCAGUACACCCAGCUCAUCGGCCGACCUGCCCCCAUGCCGUACUGGUCAUUCGGGUUCCACCAGUGCAGGUACGGGUACAAGAACGUGGCUGAUCUUGAGGGCGUCGUCGCCGGCUACGCCAAGGCGAGGAUCCCACUGGAGGUGAUGUGGACGGACAUCGAUUACAUGGACGCCUACAAGGACUUCACGCUUGAUCCGGUGAACUUCCCGGCCGACCGGAUGCGGCCGUUCGUCGACCGCCUCCACCGCAACGGCCAGAAGUUCGUCGUCAUCAUUGACCCAGGGAUCAACGUGAACACGACGUACGGGACGUUCGUCCGGGGAAUGAAGCAGGACAUCUUCUUGAAGUGGAACGGGAGCAACUACCUCGGCGUGGUGUGGCCGGGGAACGUCUACUUCCCGGACUUCCUCAACCCGCGCGCCGCCGAGUUCUGGGCGCGCGAGAUCGCCGCGUUCCGGCGGACCCUCCCCGUCGACGGGCUGUGGGUCGACAUGAACGAGAUCUCCAACUUCGUCGACCCGCCGCCGCUCAACGCGAUCGACGACCCGCCGUACCGCAUCAACAACUCCGGCGUGCGCCGCCCCAUCAACAACAAGACGGUGCCGGCCUCCGCCGUGCACUACGGCGGCGUGGCCGAGUACGACGCGCACAACCUCUUCGGCUUCCUCGAGGCGCGGGCCACGCACGACGCGCUGCUCCGUGACACCGGCCGCCGGCCGUUCGUGCUCAGCCGCUCCACGUUCGUCGGCUCCGGCAGGUACACCGCUCACUGGACCGGCGACAACGCCGCGACGUGGGAGGACCUCCACUACUCCAUCAACACCAUGCUCAGCUUCGGCCUCUUCGGCAUCCCCAUGAUCGGCGCCGACAUCUGCGGCUUCGGCGGCAACACCACCGAGGAGCUCUGCAGCCGCUGGAUUCAGCUUGGCGCGUUCUACCCGUUCUCGAGGGAUCACUCGGCGAUCGGCACCGUCCGGCGAGAGCUGUACCUGUGGGAGUCGGUGGCGAGGUCGGCGAGGAAGGCGCUCGGCCUGCGCUACCGGCUGCUCCCCUACUUGUACACGCUCAUGUACGAGGCGCACACCACCGGCGCGCCCAUCGCGCGGCCGCUCUUCUUCUCCUACCCCGGCGACGUCGAGACGUACGGCAUCGACAGGCAGUUCCUGCUCGGGCGCGGCGUGCUCGUGUCGCCGGUGCUCGAGCCGGGCGCGACCACCGUCACCGCCUACUUCCCGGCCGGACGGUGGUUCAGCCUCUACGACUUCUCCCUCGCCGUCGCCACGAAGACCGGCAAGCGCGUGACGCUGCCCGCGCCGGCGGACACGGUGAACGUGCACGUCGCCGGCGGGAACAUCCUGACGCUGCAGCAGCCCGCGCUGACGUCGUCGCGCGUGCGCCAGAGCGUGGUCCACCUCCUGGUCGCGCUCGCCGACGACGGCACGGCCACCGGGGAUCUCUUCCUGGACGACGGCGAGUCGCCGGAGAUGGCCGGGCCACGGAGCAGGUGGAGCCAGAUCAAAUUCAGCGGCGCGACCGAGAGCGGCGGCGGCGUGGUCAGAGUGAGGUCGCAUGUGGUGCACGACUCGUACGCGCCGAGCCGGACGAUGGCCAUCGGCAAGGUGGUGCUCAUGGGGCUCCGGUCGGCGGCGCCGCCCAAGGGGUUCGCCGUUUAUGCCAACGGCGUCCAGGUGAACGCGAGCACGGCGGUCGGCGGCGCCGCCGGGAGCCCGGAGAAGGGAGCGCUGGGCGUCGCGCACGUCAGCGGGCUGACGCUGGUCGUCGGGCAGGAGUUCGAUCUCAAGGUCGUGAUGACCUAUUAAUUAAGCCUUAGAAUUCGAGCAUUAUUAAUAGCUCAUCUGAAUAAAAAUUGACGAAAUUGAGUUGGAAUAAAUCGGCCUAAAAUUGAGCAUAA